CUCGCUUGUCUCUGAGCUGUCCCUUUGCUGAUUGCUUCCGCCAUGAGGAGCUUACUCUUGGUCCUUGUGGUCCUUGUCUUGCUCUCCUAUGUUCCACCAGUGAGAAGUGGAGUGAAUGCAUAUGUAAGAGGCCUCUUUUCUUCAUGCUGGCGAUUCAAAGGUUCUUGCAGGAGAACAUGUGGCCGAAACGAAGAAUAUCAUAUUUUUUGUGAAACGAAAUAUCUGUGUUGCAUAAACAAAAAGUUUUUACCUGUUAUAGUUGGGAAAUAGUUGUAUCUGAGGUUCUCCCUGAUUUCCUCUGGGGACCCAGAUCCUUCUCAGCUGCAUC